AUGAAUGGAUUGAAUGGAUUGAAUGGGGGUGCGCCGGGUUUGGAGGAGGGAAAGCGGAUUUCGACGCCGAAAGCGCGGAUUGUGAAUCGAAAGCGGAGCGUUGUGGGGAGAGAGGAGAAGAUUGCGAGAGAGGGGAAUGGGAAACGAAGUCGUGUGGUGGAGGAAGAUGCGUAUUACUUGAAAAUGAAUACGGAGAACUUGCAAGCACUGAAAGCGCAUUUGGAAAGUGUGAAGCUAAAGGAGAAGGAGCUGAAACAGAAGAAGUAUAAACGGAAGGUUUGA